AUGCCUUAGGGGGGAAGGGCAAGAGAGGAGGGAAGAAGGCAAAAAAGAAAGAGUCAGGGGAGACUGAGGCAGGUUUUUCAGUGGGACAGAAACCCAGUAACUCCCAAGUGCUGCAGCAUAGCCUUGAAGGUGAGUUCGAAAGAGAGCAGUGAAAGGGAGGGACCCAGUAAUGGGGAGGAGUUACAGCUGACCAAUGAGGAGGACAGCGAGGCAUCUGAGGAGCCAAAGCCAUCAGGGCCAAGAAAGGGAAAGGAGGCAAGAGUUCAGCUUCAUAGAGAAGAAGUAGUGGAGGCAAGAAGAAAGUGAAGAGGGGGAUGAAGCCAAAGACGAGUGGUUGAAGGUCUACCUGGAGAAGACUGGGUGCUGGUUGUGUGUGGGUGGGGCACCCACUGUUCUCCAAGCAGGCCACGUAGCCCAUAACCAACGUGGUAGUUGUGGAUGGAGACAGUCACAUGAAGGAUCUGGGCAGCAAGUACGACCCCACCUGAAUGACCUCCACCAGAAUGUGCCAGGGAGACAAGGAGUGGUGGGAAGUGAGGAAUUUGAGAGAGACAUCCAGGAGGAAACAGGUGAGAAUGAGACGCACAUCCACACACUUUCAUUUAUACAGCUUGUCAUAUACACUCCUCUCUGCUCUAGCUCCAGGGGACAUUGCUGGACAAGCUGUUACCCACAUCAAUAGCAGACUUCACCCCCCCCCCCCUGUACGCCCUGAAGAGACUACUGCGAUAUGAAGCUCUUACCUCAGGGGAGAGCUCGUCUGCUCCAGGCCAGGAUUACUUCAGAGCAGAAGGACAAAGAUGACCUGCCUCUGCUUGGUAAAUGGCAGACAGAGGAGUACCAGCCACCAGUAGCUGUAGAUGGCAGGGUGCCUCGUAAUGACUUUGGCAACGUGUUCCUGUUCAAGCCCUGCAUGUUGCCAGUAGGUUGUGUCAUUAUUCAACUGCCAAACCUAAGAGUAGCUAAGAAGCUGGACAUGGACUGUGCUUCUGCUGUCGCUGGCUUUAACUUCCACCAUGGUGGCUACUUUCAUGCUGUAACGGAUGGCUAG